AUGACCCAUACACUGACAGAGUUAUCGGUUUUGGUGCUAUUAUUACUAGCAUCCUUUUGGAUAGAGUUGUACAGCAAUGAAAAUUUGGUUGAGAUUAAGUACGAACGAGUUCAGCAGAAUAGCGGAUACGAUAUGACGAGUUUCAAAAAUUUACGGAUAAGAAAGUUCAACCGAACAAUAAGUGUAUUGAAUGGAUCAAUUGAUCUAUUUCACAACUUGAACGAUAGUUUCUACGCUUCAAUCACUUUAUCGUACAGCACGCUGGGUAACAAUCAAUUCAACCGCUCACCGUUUAAAGUCCCACUGCAGAGGAUGUGCCAGUUCCUGAACACUACUUAUCGGGACUAUCGAGAACUCUAUCGAAAUGUGACAAAUUUUCCAGAACCAGGCGUUUGCCCUCUGCCAGCCCAACGGUACUACAUCAAGAACAAGGUGCUUGAUUCCAAGUUGAUUAACAACUACUUUCCUUCUGGUCUGUGGAGAGGGGAUUUUGAGUUACAUGACGUCAACACCAACCAAAGACUUGUAAACGUUCAACUUUUUUUUAGAGUAUCGCGACAAGAAAGUUUGUUUUAA